AUGUUUUCAGGAGUGGCUAGAAGUGACACUGCUAGCGCUCCAGAUUCUUCUCAAUCCCGUUCUACAGAUAUCAACCCCAAUCGACCUGCUCCUUCCUCACUCUGGGACACAGCAUACGACUCUCUGAAAGAAAAAAAACCAGCGCUGUUAUCCGAAUAUGAAGAUCUCCUCUCUCGAGUACUAAUAAAGGCCGAAGGGAACCCUUUAUCGGCCUCGAACCAGGAAGAAGACGACGUCCAGAUCAAGAAUCAGAUCCCUCACCAGAACGCAGCUGCCCGCCGAGAGAAGCUGAAAGAAAUAGUCGAACUAGGUCUGAAGCACGUGGAAGACAACAAGGUCAAAGUGACAAUCCUCGGCCAUGAGAUUAGUCUAGAAGACGGGAUUGGCCAGGUAGGCCAGGCUGUGGACUGCGCCCAAAACUACAUCAAAGAUGCGAUCAAAGAUGUUCCUUAUGCACCAGCUGUGAUGGCAGGCAUUGCACUCAUUCUUCCCCUCCUAAAGAAUCCGGGUGCUAUUGAUGCUGCCAACCGGGAGGGAUUUACAUAUGUCACGUCACAAAUGCGCUACUACGUCGAGAUGGAGUCGCUUCUGAUACCCGAGCAUAUGAAGCCUGGUUUAAAGAAUGAUUUGAUGAAGGGUCUUGUGGACCUGUAUUCACUCAUUAUAGAUUUUCAGGUGCAGACUGCCAUAAGGUUUUAUCGCAGCCGUACCAAAAAUUAUUUCCGGAGUGUCAUAGAAUAUGAUAACUGGAAUGAUAAAGUGGAUCACCUAAAGGAGGAAGAGAAAAUUCUCGGACAGAAGUUCGAGAAGGCCUUAUCUGGUACCGGUGUGGAGCAAUUGAAGAUGCUCGCCGGGGAGGCAAGAGCAUCGCGAAAGGCCCUAAAUGAUGUUCUCGAUAAUAUUCAGGAACUUGUUAGAAUACAGCGAAGCCAAAGGAAUAUCCUAGAGCGGGCUGAUCAACGCUUAUCAAAUACCGAGGAUCGACGGUGUCGAGACACUCUCCAGGCCACCGAUCCCUCCCUUGACAAAGCCCGAAUCGAGGAAGAGAAAGGGGGCCUUCUCAGAGGCUCAUAUGGCUGGGUGUUCGACCAUGUCGAAUUUCAGAGGUGGAGGGAUGCGAGAUUCGGCCAACUUCUCUGGAUCAAGGGCGAUCCCGGUAAGGGCAAAACCAUGUUACUUUGCGGGAUCAUUGAUGAACUAUCUGAGACGACUAUGCACGACACCAAUAUCGCCUUCUUUUUCUGCCAAGCAACGAACAGUCGCAUCAAUAAUGCUACAGCAGUCCUGCGGGGACUCAUAUAUAUGCUUGUGCAGCAACAAGCCUCGCUCAUCACCUAUGUCCGCGACAGCUCUUUCGAGGGUGAGAAUGCAUGGUUCGCAUUACUGAGAGUUUUUACGAAGAUUCUCGAGGACCCGAGCCUGCGAAGGACAUACCUGAUUGUUGAUGCACUUGACGAGUGUACUGGGGACUUGAACCGACUUUUUCUUCUUUUCCGGAAGUCAUCAGCUUAUUCACAUGUGAAAUGGGUCGUCUCUAGCCGUAACUGGCCGAGCAUUGAAAAGAACCUCACAUGCAUGACACCGAUUAAACUCUGUCUCGAAUCAAACGACAACACAAUGUCAGCUGCGGUCAACUCCUUCAUUGAGCACAAGGUAAAUGAGCUAGCGGAAAAGAACAAAUAUAGCCCAGAAAUUCGUGACACUGUUCAGCAUUACUUGGUGUCAAAGGCAAAUGGCACAUUCCUCUGGGUGGCCCUGGUUUGCAAGAAACUCACCACAGUGUCAAAGAGACACGUGGGGAGCAAAUUGGCGGACUAUCCACCUGGUCUUGAUGAGCUUUAUAGGCGCAUGCUCAGCCAAAUCAGUGAGUCCGAAGAUGCUGACCUCUGCAAGUCUCUCCUCGCCGUCAUAAGCACCGUAUAUCGCCCUAUCACGAUAGGUGAAUUAGCGACAUGCAUCGAUUUGCCUAAAGACAUCGUAAGCGACGACGAGGUGCUGGCAGAGAUUGUUGGGUUUUGUGGCUCUUUUUUGACAUUGCGAGACCGCAGAAUCUCCUUGGUUCAUCUGUCAGCCAAGGACUUUCUCCUUCGAGAAGCAGGCCAUGAGAUUUUUUCCGAGGGAAAGGAAAAGAUGCACUAUUCCAUCUUCUUGAGAUCUUUACAAGCUAUUUCUAUGACACUGCGACAGGACAUUUACGGCCUUGCUCUCCCCGGAUAUCUUAUUGAUCAGGUCAAAAAGCCGGAUCCGGACCCGCUAGUCACCAUACGGUACUCGUGUGUCUAUUGGGUUGACCACUUGUAUGAAUGCUUUCCGGCUAAGAACGCCAUCGAAGACAUGCAGGACAGUGGCGCGGUCGGGAUAUUCUUUCGCCAGGAUUACCUUCAUUGGCUUGAGGCUCUUAGCUUAUUGAGAAGCCUAUCAGAUGGAAUAGCAUCUAUGCAAAGACUCGAUAGUUUACUGAAGGUUAGUUUCCACGAGAGUGAACAUGUGCUUUUCUAA